UGAAGAUGGUGAGCUAAAACAUGUGGGCCUAAAGGUUUGGGUCAUUGGGCUUAAGACCGGAUCCGACCCGUACUGUUUGGUAGAUCAAAAUAGGAACCGGGGCGAAGGAGAGAAGAACGUGUGUGGAGAGAAAAAUUAAAGAGAUGGAGCUGUUAGGAUGGUGGUUAAUGCUAGUGGGUACACUUCGGCUUGCAUCGGUAUGGUUUGGCUUCGUCGAUAUUUGGGCUCUUCGUCUCGCUGUUUUCUCCAAAACUACCAUGACAGAAGUUCAUGGGAGGACAUUUGGAGUGUGGACUCUCCUAACCUGCACUCUUUGCUAUCUCUGUGCAUUUAACCUUCAUGACAGACCUUUGUAUUUGGCAACCAUUUUAUCAUUUGUCUAUGCCUUCGGUCAUUUCUUGACAGAGUUCUUGAUCUAUCAGACAAUGGAAAUAAAAAAUUUGGUUACUGUCGGUAUAUUUGCAGGCACAUCUAUCGUUUGGAUGUUGUUGCAGUGGAAUGCACACCAACAGGUCAAAACUAAGAGUCCAUAGACCCGAAUCAACAGCAGUGGCUUGAAGCAGAUUUUAUCGGGUGUUACUCCUCUCAACCUAUGCCUUUGCUGCUGCAAUUUUAGGCCUUCGAGUUUUAGUGUGUAAACAUUGGUUUCAUGGUUGAGUUCUGAAAGAAACUUCUUGGCCACAAUUUCUUAUUCUAAUGUCUCAAUGCCAGUUUUUCUUCUGAUUGGCUUUUGUAACGAUUCGAAGGAUUCUCUAUAUUUCAAACUUUUUUUUAUUGGAAUGGCCUAAGUUAUUGUCUUCUA